AUGAAUCAGAUUCCUCGUGAAGAAAUCGCUAUUCCUGAUGGCAGAUGUUUUUAUCUUCCUCAUCACGCAGUUUUGAAGCCUGACAGCUCCUCCACAACAUUACGUGUCGUGUUUGAUGGUUCAGCUAAGGGCUCCACGGGAAAGUCCUUAAACAGUACUCUUUUGAUAGGCCCUCCUAUUCAACGCCAUUUAAUAGGUGUGUCCUUACGUUUUCGUCAACAUCCAUUCGUGUUUACUGAAGACGUUGUUAAAAUGUUUGGACAAAUUCGGGUUUAUGAUUCACAUGCUGACUAUCAGCGUAUUGUUUGGGGUGAAUCUCCUUCGACAGAAAUCGACCAUUAUAGUUUACGUACUGUGACGUACGGUACAGCAUCCGCUCCAUUUUUGUCUGUUCGCAUUCUGAAACAACUUGCAAAAGAUUAUACAUCAGAUUACCUAAACGAAGCCCGAGUUAUCCUAGAAGAUGUCUAG